AUAAUAAGUUUACAACAUUUUACAGACUACUUAAGUUGGCCAAACUUAAACGCACUUUACUGAUAGCAUUUCGCGGUCCAACAUCUCCACUAAAGAUGAACUCCAUGGUGAAGACUUCCAUCUUUCUUCUUGCAUCACUAAUGUUUAUCAGUCAGAAUUUAGAAGCCAGGCCUCAGGUUGAGGGUGGAUUGAACGGCAUUCUUGGGGGUCUUGGAAAAACAGUGGGGGGUAUUGCUGGUGGUCUCGGUAGUGCUCUGGGAGGCGUUCCUGGAGGUCUCAGUGGUGCUGUGGGAGGCGUUGCUGGAGGUCUCGGUGGUGCUGUGGGAGGCGUUGCUGAAGGGGUCAGUGGUGCUGUGGGAGGCGUUACUGGAGGUCUCGGUGGUGUGGGAGGUGUUUAAGGUAAAAUUAAUGUAACUCUCUGAAUUUAAAACUCAUGUACCAGUCAGUAGUUUAUUCAUAAAGUAAGAAGAAAACAAAAGCUGAUUCAUACUCAUAAAACGUACUUACAAAGAUUUGUAUUAAUUCGUUCUUUAAAAUAUAUUACUUCAAUGUGUGGUCAAUAAUAAUGUUGGAUCAAUAAUAAAUACCUCAUUUAAUUGUAAAAAUGCA